AUGGGUCGCUGGUUGACUCCACGGACCCAGGAGUGCAUGCUAAACCCGCCUGCUGCAAUCCACUACUUGUCCAAAGAUGAAGUUCGCAAACUGCUAGAGAUUGCAGCGGAGCUGAAAUACAGCAUGUUGGAAGCUGAGAAGAGUGAUGAUCUGAGCAAACUGUCAGCAGAGAUGGAAAAGAGGACAGAAGGUCUUCAGACAGGCACACCGGCAGGACACUUCAUUCGGACAAGUCACUGCAGCCCCAAAGACGCUGACGGAGGUAACCUUCAACCUGUCAACAGCAUGCGCGAAACACUCACCAAGCUGGUCUCUUCGAAAAGAAUCGUCCAAGCACUUCUCGGUUUGUACUAUCAAUUCAACCAGGACGCAGAAUACCCAGAUAACCAGCUUUACGUCUUCCCAUACUUCACCCACCUCGACCGCUUGAGCGAGUGGCGAUGCUAUGUCAAAGAAAGCCAUAUCGUCGCCAUCAGCCAGAGCAGGUUCUACCAGCCAAACUACGCCGGCAUCACAGACAAGAUGCUGAGCAAGUUAGUAUUCCAGGCCCAUCGCCUCUGGUCGCGCAUCGCACCCGAUCUCGACUUCAAAAGCUGCAUCCUAGACGUGUAUGCAGAGGUCCUCGAUCCAGAUUUCGAGGUGAAGCUCAUCGAGAUUAACCCCUGGGGCGCACACUCCGGCUCAGGCAGUCUGCUCUUCCACUGGCUCGAUGAUGCGAGUAUCCUUGAUCCUGAACAGUAUGACCGGACGACUGUGGUUAGAUUGGUUGAACCAGGCGUGGCAAAGGUCCUGUCGCGCGAUGAGGCGUUUCACAUUGGUCGAAGUGGGAUUAUCGAGGACGAGUUGCGGUGUUUGCAGGAGAGGGGGCUUAAGUGGGUUUUGGAGGACGAUAAACACGCUGAGUUUAUGGGCUUGCCAGUGCAGGAUGGGCAGUCUGGAUUUACGACGAGAAAAGAUGGUCUUGAAAUCUUUCGGAAAGGAGAGGAGGGGAUGGGUCCAUCAAUGAAGCCGCGGGAUCACCCGCGGUUCCUGAAGUUGAAAAAGGCGUAUCAGGCGGAGCGAUGA